AUGACGACAACCACCAAUUCCCCAUCCUCUCGUGUGAGUACGGCGAACAGUCAUUCCUCCGGUGCUGUGAAGAUUAAUUACGUGGUGGAGCACGCGGCCCCAUCGGCGGUCUGUCUUGUGCGGAAACUGCAGACCUCACCGUAUCAACCACUAUCUGCAGAUCAACUGCAGUCCGUCACGGCACCUAAUCUUCUCUCACUGCGGCCACCACCGCAUGUGGCUCAUCAAGCCGUGAUGGAUUUUUAUUUUGCAAUGAAUGGACACUGCGGUGUGCAGUGCGCAGAUCCAUCGGCACUUGAUCUCAUCACAGUGACGACACACCCACGUAAUACAGCAGGGUCUAAUAGUAAUAGUAAUAGCAGUGGUCCUUCUAUACAUGCAGAUGGAUAUACAAGAGAUGCCACAGGAACACCUAUUUCAGGUACAAGGCCAUAUACUAAUACUAAUAACAGUAAUAUUAUUAAUAAUAAUAAUGCAGCAGAUCCCGCUGCCAAGAAGUUUUCUUCUCCGGAAGUAUCUUCGAGUCCUCCUACAAUGGAAGGUACCAUGUAUGGUCAACAACAACAACAGAAUUCAACAUCCUCUGUGUUAGGCACGCCAAUACUCCCACCAACCGCUACAUCAUCCUCAGAGGAUUAUAGACUAUCACAGAUUCGUCGUAAUGAGCGUCAUGUGAACAAUGCAAUGUAUGGAAAAGUAUGUGCCUUCUUUAAUACACGAGAAGGCUGCAGACGCGGGCCGUAUUGUAAUUUUCUUCAUGUUGGUAAAGGGGGUACAGGAGGCCCCAUUACCGGUAAUAGUAAUAGUAAUAAUAACAAUAACAGUAGCGGUAAUGUUGGUAGUAUUGGAGGGGCAGUUUUUCCACAGUUCCCAUGA